AUGGUGAGGAUUGGAUCCGUUAUCGAACAAACGGCAGCGAGAAGGAGUGCAAGAAUUGCUAAGAGAAGAAGAGGUGAAAUUCCAGAUCAACCAGAGAUGGAAGAAAUAAAUAUUCAAAGAAACGAAGAUACAAUUGGAAAUCAACGUAUACAAGAACAGAACAAUCCUAUCAAUUAUGAUAGAGUAAGCGUGCAUACUUCACAGAUUGAUUCUACCGAAGAAGAGGAUCAAAGAACUGCAGGAACGGGAAUGAUAGAAGGAAACGAAGAUAAUAUGACAAUUGCAGAAUUGAGGCAAAGAUUGAUUACAGAAAGAAGUAGAGAGGAUGAAAUACGUGCGAAUUUAAUACGAAAAAAUGAUAAUUUGAGAGAAGAGAGUCUUAGAUUGCAAGAUCAGGGAUCCAGAAGUGCAACAAACACAAGAUCAAGAUCAAGAACCAGUAGAAGUUUAUCAAGACAAAGUCAAUCUAAUAAAGGACAUGCUAGAAGGGAAAGAAAUUUAGGCGAAAACUUGCAAUUAGAUGACAAUCUACAAGAUCAGCGUGAAGCGAGACGAAUGGAGCAACGAUUGGAAUAUGAUCGACAUGAACAGCCACGAGAACAUCAUCGUAGACGAGAAUAUCAAAGGAUUGACAGAUAUCAAAAUGCUGGGGAAUACCAUCGCAUACGUCAUGAGAGAGAUAAUAAUGAGGAGCAUGAUCCAGAGCACAAGAUAAUUAUAUUGCAUGGUAGAGAAAUGUUAAGAGAUCAAUAUGCACGCGAAGAUGAAGAGGAAAGAAAUAAUGAACUCCAUGAACGUGAAAGAGAUGAAAGAGAAAGGCGUAGACGAAGAAGAGAGGAAAUUGAAGAAAGAGAGAUACAGGAAGCCAUGCGACAGAAUAAUCGUGAGAAUAGAUUGAGACAAGCGAGACUAAAAAGGCCUAUGAGAUAUUACUUAGAUCAAUCUAUGAGUGAGGAAAUUCUUAAAGAAAUUGCAGAAUUAUGA